GGAACUGAUUCAGUUUGUACUUCCGGAGGUCGUGGAUUGUUUUGUUGCGUUCACAGUUGUGCUUUGUAAUGUUGUUUUUGUUUGUUGAUUGUUUUUUAGCCGUUACACCGCUUCGGGCACCAUAAAAGAAAAUAUUUUCCAGACACAGUGACCAUAUUGACGAUUUGUUGGACUUCUGGGACGUUUAAAUGGAAAAUUAUAACGUACGGAGUUAGCAGCUAAUGUAGCUAACGUUAGCUGUUUAUGUUGAAGCUAACUUCACGGCUAGCUUGCAGGAUGUCUAAACUUGACCGUUUGAAUGCCCGUGUGGCCAAACUACUGACAGAAGCAGUGCAGGAGGUUCUGGAGGCGGUGAAGGAGACGGUGUCUGAGUACCAGGCCAAAACUGCCAGAACACAGAGAGAGAAUGAGAGUCUGAGGAGGAAACUGCAGGAGCUUCAGGACAGGAUAUCCAAAGAAAGCACUCCUGUUCUAUCUACGAGCGAGCCAUUACUUGACGUUAAUGACGACACAGAGAAUCAUGAACAGGAUUUGAGCCUCAGUCAGAGGCUUAAUUCAGAUGUCACUGUCACGGAGCAAAAUGUGGUAAACAGCCACAUAGUUGAUGUAAAGCAGGAAUCCAGGGAGCCAGAGAGCCACACUGAUACUCAGUCACAAACUGACUGCAAAUUGGCUCAAAAAUCACCAGAGCAUUGCGUAGCACAGCCAGAUGUUAUCAAGGAUGCAGCGACUGGCCACACAUCACACAGUGCAAACAGGGACACCAGCUCAGUCUCAUCAAAUAACGUGUGCAGCUCUUACUCUGGCAGUCUGUUUGGGGUAAACUUGGCUGCCAUAAAAAGAGAAUCGAACCCAACAGAAUGCACAACAUCAGAGCAACCAUCUGCUCCAGAACAAUACACCGGAUGUGUGGAUUUAAGCUGCAACUCUUCUCGUCACACCGCUGCAGAGACCCAGAGGCCACAAGUUAGUGCAGAACCUUGCGGAGUUGUUUUUGUCCAUUCAAAUCACACCACACACAGAAGGCAUGGAUUUACAAAAGCCAACAGGGCUGCUAGUGAUGGGAGACAAAUCAGGAUGGAACAUCUCAGGAGAGAUGAGCUACACCUGUGUGUUGUUUGUGGAAAAACAUUCAGUCGGGUGGGAAAUUUAAGAAUCCACCAGCGUUGUCACACAGGAGAGAAGCCAUAUGGCUGCGUGCAGUGUGGGAGGCGAUUCAGUCAGGCAGGAGACCUGAAAAAACACAAGAGGGUCCACACAGGGGAGAAACCGUACUACUGCAACCAGUGUGGAAAGAGCUUCAGUCGAGGGGAGAAUCUCAAAAGACACCAGAGGAUCCACAUCGGAGAAACUUUGCAGUUACGGCAAGCAUGGAGUGAGCAACAGUUCUGAUUAGUUCAUUACAUAAUGCACAAAUUAAUAAAAUCGGAAGGUACUUUUGUGGCGAAAAUGUGAAUGACAAUUUUUGAUCUGUGCCCUACGUUUAGGAAACAGUUACUAGUCUGCUACAGAGGGUGUGAAAAGGGUAGUCUCUAGUAGCUCUUUGGGAAUUCUCACAACAGUCUAGAGCUGUAUUCGAUGAAAGAAAGUCGUGGUUUGCAGAUAUUAUAUCUACUCCUAAACUAAUUGAUAGGAGAAAAAAAAUGUUGCCUUGAGAAUAACUAAAUGCAUGCACUGAGUGCACAUUACCUGCUAACCUUAUUAGCCUAAAUCCAUUAUACAUAAGCAUAUAUGAUUCGUAGUUGCAGCAUAUUAAGUCAUGUUGACCUCAUUAUUUUAUACUGAAAUUAUAACAACAGAUUCAGCAGAAACCAGAACGCACCUGCCCUUAUUCAUGUGAUUUCUGAAAAUCACAUGAUAUAUCCCCACACAAAAGCUAUCAAGGAAUAUAAAGCAGACUCGUUGGCCUGUCAUUUUUAGAAGAAAUGCCAUAUUGGCUAUUGAGCUGUGAUAUAUAAAUUUGUGUCAGCAAAGAUUAAACUUGUGUUUUUGGCCAUUUCUGUAAACAUAAUGCAGCUGCAGCACGACUUUUGUGACAUGGUGUCAAGUGGUUAAUGGUCAGUGUUACAUAAUUAAAACCUAGCAUUUUCAGUUACGCUAGGCCAAAUCAAAGUUGUGAAGACAUGGAGGUGUCCAGAGGUAGUGUGUUCCUCUCUCUCCCAAAAAUAAUGGUUUAAUCCUGGAAUACUUUUCUCCUUUUUGAAAGGAACACUGACAACUAUCUGACCAAUUAGAAUGUGGUCUGAUGAGAACAUAUAAACCAAACAAUUGACCAGACCUGCAGAUGACAGCACAAAUAAUUGUGCUGUUUUGUUUUUUUUAAUGUUCCUCCAAGCACAAUGAACAGGGCUGCAGUAACUGAUCCUUAACCAGAGAGGCUGAUGCUUUACAGAUGGAGAUGCCCUCAUACAAAGGCACACUAUCAGAAUGUAAAUUAGUUCCUUCUGAGUAUUUUUUUUGUCAUGAGGAAAGCUGUGGAAUUUAAAUGAAUAGACAGUUGAAUUUGCAAACAAGUUAAAAGUUUUGGAGGUCAUUUCAGUUCAUUUGGUUGACAAACUGUGGUGCAGACUGUGACACCAUGUUAGCUCUGUUGCACCUGUUAGGAGUUUGAACAUCACACUUUCUGUCGUAUUUCUACAUAAUUGGUCCUUCUAAUGUUUGGUUAUCUCAUGUAAUUCCAGGUUUAGCUGUGAGAGGAAACUUUUCAACAAUGGCAUUUGCUUUAUAAAAGCUGUAUUUGGGCAUCUCUGCUUGUAUUAAUUUUGGUCUAAACAGAUGUUCUGUCUAAAAAGCAGGUUAAUUAGUUUUGGCUGACACUGUUAUAUAGUGUAACACACGCAGAAUGGGCUUUCAUGUUACGUAAAUGUCCAAGAUAAGGACUUUGUAAAAACCUGAACAGCAUGAUUGUCAUUAAAACUGCCUGUUAUUCCAGACUGAUUAAUUGCUUGCUUGUUUGUUAAAUCUAUUUAUUGCAAUCUGAAAUAGAGCUGCUGAAACAAUAAAUUAAUUUAUUACCACAACAAA